AUUCGCUACACUGUUCAAGUGGUAUUGUAGCCUUCUUGAACAAUUAUCCAGGUGCCAGGAUAUCAAUGAAGGGUUGUUUCUGGCAUACACCGGAAGCAAACCCACUGGGGUACCUUAAAGUCGUGAUUUUUAACUAAGAAUUAUCAACUGAAGGUACCAGCGUGUCAAAAUCAUUGGAAGGGGAGUAGAGGGAAUACGGAAGUCGGCACAAGGCGGGAUAUUGAUCAGAUAUUAACGCCGCAGGAUGCAGCGAUGGAAGCCGUUUCGUUAAAAUAGGAUUAGUAAACCCGUUUGAAGAUGCUUGGCUAAUGAAAGCAUCCCUCUGAUUUGGAAUUGCGAUGAGGAUUUCGCUGAAGUCAUGGGACAGACACAUAGUCAAGUUCUUGAGGCGAAAAAUUGUCUUCAUCCUGUUCCUGUUCAUAUUCUUCCUAGCAGCAUUUACAACACUUGGAACUACAAUUGUCCAGCAACACAGUUACAACCGGAGACCGGUCGAGGGCAUAUUGCCUCAAAUAUUUCCUAAUGAAGAAAUUAUCGAGUUUCGGUUUUAUUCCUACGAAACGGAAUAUCGAUAUCCGCCGAUAAAUGUAGAUUUCAGACAGAAAAUAGAUAACAAUAACUUGGACCUGCCAGUUGUGAAUCCACAUCCGUUUAAGUACAUUCUAAAAGCUGAUCACAUUUGCCACCAAGCACAAAAUGCUAGUCUCAUCAUUGUAGUCAAGUCGGCCGCACCUCAUUUUGAAUUGCGAAAUGUUCUACGAAACACUUGGAUACCAAAGGCAAAGGCCAACAACUUCGCUGUGGUGUUCGCUCUGGGAUAUAACAAACUGGUGCAGCAGCAGGUGUUACAAGAGAAUGCAAAGAAUCGUGAUAUUAUACAGGAGGACUUCACUGACUCUUAUCUUAACAACACGUACAAAACUAUUAUGUCCUUCAAUUGGGUGGUCGAACAUUGCAGUCAUAUCGAACACGUGUAUUUUGAUGACGAUGACAUGUUUCUUCAUAUUGAUAACCUAGCAAGUUACCUUAAAGUACAACAAAAUGAAACUGAUAAGAAUUUAUUCUCAGGAUCUAUGGCGAUCAAGGGAAAACCAGUUCGUAACCCCAGCUCAAAAUGGUACAUCUCAUGGGAGCAAUAUCCCUUUGACUAUUGGCCACCGUACGUCGGCGGAAGUUCCAUGAUAGCUCACAUGGCUAUCAUUAAGGAUAUGCAGAAAAUAUUCCCGUAUGUACUACCAUUGAACUUUGAUGACGUUUAUCUUGGAAUCAUUCUUCGCAAACUUCACGUGAAACCUACAAAUAAUACUCAUUUUGACAACACUUAUUUGAGAAAUUUUGAUAAGCUUCACUCUUUGAUAGCAAAUCAUGGAUUUGAUGAUCCACGUCUGUAUAACUCAACAUUCUACAAAAUUUUCCCCGAGGUUUAACAAAGAUUUCUUGAAUAGCUUCAUAUAGGAAGCACAUAUUUGCUUCUUGCACACAUUAUUUUUUAUUAGUUCAUCAGAAAUUAAAAUUGAUUUUUAUAAAAAAAAAUCAUACAAGUAAUAGUAAAAUGAAAGAUUAUAAUCUCCCGUUUAAUUUAAUUUUGGACAUUAAAAACCCCCCGGGAAAUUCCCUAAUUUUUGUCCCAUGAAGUCCUCUCUUCGCUCAACCAAAUACUAUUCCUACAUUAAACAUCGGUAUUAUCCAUGUUACCUUGACCUCAUAGUUUUGACGUGUAGGUAUGAACAUGUAGGUAGGUGAUGGGUCAAUUCUUCAUUGAUCCAUAUGACCCAACCUAGGUUCGAAAAAAAUGUACCAUGUGUUCAUUUCUGGAAAAAAACCUCUCAAUGAACUUUUCAUACAAUUUUUGUCGUGUUUGUAAAUACACUCAAGAAGUGAUAACUCAAUGUAAAGUCGGUUUGAACAAUUUAGACUUUUCUUUCCUUAUAAUAUGUAGUCGAGCAGAAAACAGCAAAACAAGUUGCAAUUGAUUAAUGUUUGUAACGACUUUCACUGUUUAGUUACAUGCAAGUACACACCGCCUUAAGUGAGCGUCUCAAAGAAAGUCAUGCAAAACAGUCCACAAGCAUGGUUGAUGUAUCAAUAUCAAUUUUGGUGUGCAACAUAGUAUUAAUAUGCCAUAAAAUUUGCCACAUAUGUUUUUGUCAUGGUUGGCAUAGUUCAUGAGUAAAAGGCAUGUUACAUGUAAGCUAUCGUAUUUAUGUAUACAGCUCACGUUUUAGUCUAUAGGUACAUUGCAGUACCACUGCGUUCCGUCCUUGCAUGUAUAAUCUAGGUUUAUUCCCAGUGUGAUAUCAAAUACAUGUAUUAGGUUAAUCUGUGAAUGUGAUGAAAUGUGAUCCAUUAUACAUAUUGUACAUGCAAUGUAGAAAAACAAAUAUUCCUAGAGUUGUAUUUGUCCUUUUGGGCUCAGGGAAAAAAAACCCAAACCAAUGUCUCUAAGAGAUGAGAUAUUUGGUAAAAAAUAAUAAAUGUUUACAAUAUUGUUCAGUACCAUAUUUAAUUUAAUAUUUAAUUUAUUUAUUAUACUGUAGUUUCUUGGAGAUUGAAUGGUAUAUGCAUAAUAAAAGCUGUAUCGCAUUUUG